AUGAGUGGUGAAAGCGUGGAAAGCGUUGAAAGGGUUGGGAAAAGGGAUGACUACCUCUCGUGGGACGAGUACUUCAUGUCUGUGGCCUUCUUGUCGGCGAUGAGGAGCAAAGACCCGAACAGUCAAAUCGGCGCCUGUAUUGUCAACCCAGACAUGAAGAUUGUGGGCAUCGGCUAUAAUGGGAUGCCUAUCGGUUGCAGUGAUGACGCCCUGCCCUGGAAUCGCACCGCCGAUGACAUACUCGACACAAAGUAUCCGUACGUAUGUCACGCGGAACUGAACGCCAUCUUAAAUAAGAACAGUUCCGAUGUGAAGAAGUGCACCAUUUUUGUCGGUCUCUUCCCAUGCAAUGAGUGCUCAAAACUCAUCAUUCAAUCCGGUAUUAAACGAGUGGUCUAU